AUGUGUCGGACGCUGGGCCAAUUGGGCGCCGCCCCAUGGGUCUCCUGGUCGCGGCUGGCUGCUACAGAGCCUGGACUCAAACCAGACCGGACACUGGGGGCCGGACACUGGGGGCCUGGUGACUUCACGCUCCAGACCGGACACUGGGGGCCUGGUGACUUCACGCUCCAGACCGGACACUGGGGGCCUGGUGACUUCACGCUCCAGACCGGACACUGGGGGCCUAGUGACUUCACGCUCCAGACCGGACACUGGGGGCCUAGUGACUUCACACUCCAGACCGGACACUGGGGGCCUAGUGACUUCACGCUCCAGACAGGACACUGGGGGCCUGGUGACUUCACGCUCCAGACCGGACACUGGGGACCUGGUGACUUCACGCUCCAGACCGGACACUGGGGGCCUGGUGACUUCACGCUCCAGACCGGACACUGGCGGCCUGGUGACUUCACGCUCCAGACCGGACACUGGGGGCCUAGUGACUUCACGCUUCAGACCAGACACUGGGGGCCUAGUGACUUCACGCUCCAGACCGGACACUGGGGGCCUGGUGACUUCACGCUUCAGACCAGACACUGGGGGCCUGGUGACUUCACGCUUCAGACCGGACACUGGGGGCCUAGUGACUUCACGCUUCAGACCAGACACUGGGGGCAUGGUGACUUCACGCUUCAGACCAGACACUGGGGGCCUGGUGACUUCACGCUCCAGACCGGACACUGGGGGCCUAGUGACUUCACGCUCCAGACCGGACACUGGGGGCCUGGUGACUUCACGCUUCAGACCAGACACUGGGGGCCUGGUGACUCCACGCUCACAACCGGACACUGGGGGCCUGGUGACUUCACGCUCCAGACCGGACACUGGGGGCCUGGUGACUUCACGCUCCAGACCGGACACUGGGGGCCUGGUGACUUCACGCUCCAGACCGGACACUGGGGGCCUGGUGACUUCACGCUCCAGACCGGACACUGGGGACCUGGUGACUUCACGCUCCAGACCGGACACUGGGGGCCUAGUGACUUCACGCUCCAGACCGGACACUGGGGGCUUAGUGACUUCACGCUCCAGACCGGACACUGGGGGCCGGACACUGGGGGCCUGGUGACUUCACGCUCCAGACCGGACACUGGGGGCCUGGUGACUUCACGCUCCAGACCGGACACUGGGGGCCUGGUGACUUCACGCUCCAGACCGGACACUGGGGGCCUGGUGACUUCACGCUCCAGACCGGACACUGGGGGCGUAGUGACUUCACGCUCCAGACCGGACACUGGGGGCCUGGUGACUUCACGCUCCAGACCGGACACUGGGGGCCUAGUGACUUCACGCUUCAGACCAGACACUGGGGGCCUGGUGACUUCACGCUCCAGACCGGACACUGGGGGCCUGGUGACUUCACGCUUCAGACCGGACACUGGGGGCCUGGUGAAGACCUGCAGGAUUUAA